CACCCCUCGCAAAAGAAGACCACUUCCUUUGAACAGACAAACCACUAACUGGCAUCCAUUUUUAAAAGCCGUUUGAAUUUUGGUUGUUGCACUGCGCACAAACUUUAGAAACCGCCAUUUCACAGGUCUAUUUAAACGUAUUCGUACGGAAUUUGUAAUCAAAAUGGGCAUUUUUCAUAGUAAAGUUGCCCCGAAGGAAAGCGCAAAGGAAUCAGCAACAGUCGACUUUCCGGAUCCUCGCUCCCCGACCGUUAACAUAAAUCGGAGUCCGAUUGGAGUUGAGAAUGCGUUGGAAAAGCCCAUCAUCACCAAAGUGCGCGACCUUACAUCCGACUUGACCGAGAUUUUGGACCAAGCUCAAACCCCAGAACGGGUCCAGCAAACGAUCGCGGCCGCUAAAUUGCAAUCGGUGUUCGAUCCUAGGUCACCGGGUUCUUUCGUUCGUACACCGAUGGUAUUGGACGAAACCGAUGCAUCCAAUAUCAGCCUUAGGGGAACAUCCCUCGAGUAUGAGGAAAUAAGCGGGACCGAAGAUCAAUCCUCUGAGUUGGGAGAACGGUCACUUUCUUUCCAAGAUUGUGAAGAUGCGAUCCAUUCGGAGACGGUAAUAAUUCAAACCCAUGAAGCCGAUAGUUUGUUUAGCGAUGGCAGUUUCAACACUGAGCUUAAGGGCGAAAUUGACAAUAUCAUUCAAAAUUUAUUCGAUGGCUCAUCGGGUCUCGCAGCAGGUAACAAAGAUCCUCGCUCCCCGUCGGUUAACAUUCAAAGAACUCCAAUUGUUUUCGAGGAUAAGCCCAACAAAAAGGAGGAUGAGGAGGAACACAAAAGCACCGAGGAACAAUCACAGCCAAGAGAAAUUGCUGGACUCAUAAUAAACUAUCAGAAAAACGACGACAAUCCUCUCAAGGCAAGCACACCGAUUUCGUCUACCGUGAUUCAUAUGGAUGAGAACCCCGCGUCCAUUGCCAAUACACCAAAAAGAGAACGAGCCACAAAAGGAGAUCAUCAGCUCAAGAGUCUCAGUCGAACUCCUUUGGGUUGCGUUACAAAUAUUAAAACUCCUGGAAGCACAAACAUGACCGGCCAACAUAAUAUGCGUAAGACUGCCUUGCUGACCCAAAUGAAACAAAACGCUCUGACUGUACCGAUCGCGGCUGAUAGUUUGGGUAGUGCCGAAGUCAUUGCUAAAGGUAGAAAAUCUGCCUCAGGUCCAGUACGAUCCAAGAUCCCGAUCAAGUCCAAAUGAUAAACCACCGUCUGUCGAACAUGUAUUUGGUAAGUUGCAUAUUUCUGUAGUAUAAUUCUUUGUGACCUUACUCUGGUCUUCACACAUUUCCACUGUUAAUAACAGAGACGCUAAUUUAGAAAUGAAACUGAAAAAUAAUUUCUAGCUUUUAAAACCCAUGUUUAGUUAAGUCUCAAUAGAAACAUUUCUGUUCAUUUA